AUGUUGAAUGGAAACCCUGUUGGUUUGGAUGAAAUCAAUGAUGAAACAUUAAAAGAUCUUCUAUCGUGGAUGUUAAAACUACAACCAGAAGAAAGACCAUCUGCCAACGAAGCCUUGACACAUCCAUUUCUAUGUCAUGACGAGAAAUUUCACUUUUAUGUAAACAUUGAAACGAUCCACCACGACCUCUGCCACAACCAGAACCAUUUUAUAAGAUUGGCGGACAAGGCGUAUUUUAUUAAAACAUUCCCAGUCUUCUUUGUUCGGUUACAUGCAGCUGUCAGGUCAAAUGAAGACUUGAAAAACAAACCAAAACUUAAGGAACAGUGGAAAUACAUUGAUGAAUCAACGAAACAUAGAGAAUUGCUUUUAAAGUUGAUUGAAUACGGACGCAAUCCCACUGUUGAGGUUAAAGUGGUGGGCAAUGUGCGUGUAAUAUUCUCAGAAGAAUUUUGCAUUGGCGAAGGAAGUGAUGCAACCCGUGUUUAUCUUGGACUGGGUAAGGAUGGUUACGGUAAAGCAGUGAAACGAAUACAUCGAUAUAAAUUUGUCCAGCUUGCACAUCAUAAAAAGAAAAUUUUAAAUAAAUUCAAUGCAAAGAAGUCGAAAUAUGUGGUGAAUUAUUUCUACUUAGAAGAAGAUACUGGGACAGAAUAUGUUUAUUUGAUAUUAGACUUAUGUGAAGAAUCAUUGGAGAGUUUUGUCAAGUCUUCUACUUUGAAUGAUCUUCAAAAAGCUCUUCCUGAUAUUCUUAGACAAAUUUUGAAAGGAUUAGCUGAUCUCCAUAGGUGCCCAAAUCCUAUUCUACAUCGGGAUUUGAGGCCUUCCAAUGUUCUGCGAGACUCAAAAAGCAAAUUUCUUAUAGCUGACUUUGGCAUAAGUCGAAUAUUGAAGGAUGAUUCUACGACAUAUGAAAGCAAUUCUUCCAUGGGAACUGUGCAUUGGAUAGCUCCUGAAUCAUAUUGCGAAGAUGAUGAUUCAGGAUAUAAAGCCUGUUACAAUAGAAGGUCUGAUGUAUAUAAUGCAGGGAUGGUAGCUUAUUAUGUUGCAACAAAAGGAAAACAUCCUUUUGGAACUAAACUAUAUAGACAGAUCAACAUGUUAAAAGGAAACCCUGUUGGUUUGGAUGAAAUCGAAGAUGAAACACUAAAGGACCUUCUGUCGUGGAUGUUAAAUCUAAAACCUGAAGACAGACCAUAUUCUAACGAAGCAUUAAAACACCCGUUUCUCAUGUCAGACGAUGAGAAAUUUCAAAUGUUAUGUAAAGUUGGGAACCUUCAACAGAUUAAGACAAAUGAUCCCCAGUCAAGUGUCGUUCAAAAAUUGAAUAGCGAAUCCGUAUAUUGGAAAAGUCAAAUGGAUUGGAAUGUCUAUGAUUACUUUCGCACGUACGAGGAAAAUGGAAAAAUCAGUAAGGUCCGUUAUAAAUCUUCAUGGCCAGAAUGCUUAAGAUUCAUUCGAAAUAUCGACCAGCAUUGGAACGAUCUACCACGACCUCUACCACAACCAGAACCAUUUUAUAAGAUUGGCGAUUACAGGGCGUAUUUUCUCCGAACAUUUCCUAAUCUCCCUGUUCAGGUACAUGCUGCUGUCAGGUCAAAUGAAGAAUUGAAAACAAACCAGAACUCAAGAACUUUUUUAAUUUUAAUGAAAGCGAACUACAUUAAUAAACAAUUCAGAUACAACAGAACCUGUUGGGGGUAAAAAUGUAGCAAUUAAGAAAUUAUUGAUACUGUAGAGAUCUUAUUUUAUAGAUAUAAAGAAAAACAGUUUCCACGACGUAUUUAGAUGAUAUUUUACCGCAUUUCUGCUGAAUCUAUAGCCUGUGGUAUUCAUUGAUACAUUUUAAUAUACCUGAUUAUUUAAUUGUUACUGUAAAUUGUUUUGGAAAAAGACCGAAUGCGAACAUGACAUUAAAAGUUAACUUUUAUGUUUGGCUGCACUGAAAAA